AUGACUCAGAUGAAGGUCAACGGCCUCCCCCGCGGCGGCCCCGGCGCGGCGGCGGCGCGCGCGGCGGAGCUGCAGGGGCUGGCCGACGCCGCCUUUGACCGCCUGCUGGAGCUCGCCAGCCAGCACCCCUCGAAUUACAUCAUCGACGCCUGCAACAUCUACGCCGAGCAGCGCCGCUGGCGCCUCGAGCCCUUCCGCGCUGCAGGGUUCCGCCUCGCCGCCGCGGUCUGCGCGGCGCCCGAGGCCGUCCUCCUGAAGCGCCUGCAGCAGCGGCCGCCCGCGCUGCGGCCCGCGCCCGAGGAUUUUUUCGAGAUGGCGGCGGGGUUCGAGCUGCCCGCCCCAGGGGAGUUCGAUGACGUCAUCGUAUUGGGGGGCGCGGCGGCGACGGCGGGGGAGGCGGCGACGCUGGUGACGGCGCAGCGCGCGGCGGCGCGGGUGCGGCUUGCGGCGCUGCAGGGGGGCGGCGGUGUGCAGGCGCCGCCGCCGCUGCAUCCGCAGCAGCAGCAGCAGCAGCAGCAGGCAGGUGGCGGUGGCACAGCCGCGCUGGCGUCACGCCAGGGCGCUGGUCAAGGGGAGUGGGGCAGCAGCGUGGGUGUCCAGGCGCCGCAGGCGUGGGGCACCUCAAACCCCCGGCAGCAGCAGGAGGAGCAGCAGCAGCAGCAGCACCAGCAGCAGCACCAGCAGCAGCAGCAGCACCAGCAGCAGCAGCAGCGGGGAGGCGGCAGUGGUGCUGCGGCGACGCAGGCAUUGCGCCAGGGCUCUGCCUCAGGGGCUUGGGGCAGCGGCGUGGGGGCGACGGCGGCGCCGGGAUGGGGUGCCGCAAAGUCUCCAUUUAGUCAGCAGCAGCAGCAGCAGCAGCAGCAGCAGCAGCCAGCCGCUGCGUCGGGCCCCCGCCCCCGCGCCCCGCCGCCAAACCCCUUUCUGGCAGCCCAACAGGGCGAGUGGCAGCUGCCGUGGCAGCCGACCCCAGAAAACCCCCUGUCUUCCGCCACUGUCGCGGGCGCGGUCGCGGCAGCGCAUGAGAUCGCGGGCAACGGCGCGGGCGCGCAGCAGCGGCGGCCGUCGCGGCAGCCGACGGGCCGGGCGCUGCCUUGCAUCCGUGCGGGCGGCGGCGGCGGCGGCGGCGGCGCGCCGUCUACCAGCAGUGAAGAGGAUCUGGGAGAAGACGCCGCCGGCGCCCGCGAUGACGUCACCCUCCAGAUCGAGAUCUCCGAGGAUCUGAGGCGCGAUCUGUCAGCCCUGACCUGCUACGACCCGGCGCCGCUCGUGGCGGCGCUGGCGGGCGGCGGCCCCAGCCGGCGGCGGCCUAGGAAGGUUGGGAAGGGGUCUUAUGGGACUGUCUGGGGCGUCGCGGCGGCGGACCUGCUCCCGGCGGCCGCGGACGGCUCCGCCGCCGCCGGGUGCACUGCCGUGAGCGCGCCGGCGAGCGACGACGAUGGCGGCGCGGAGAGCAGCGGCGGCGGCCGCGGCGGCGAUGAUGCGGCUCAGCCCGAGGGCGAGCUGUUGGCCGUGAAGGUCCUGCGGGCGCGCCACUGCAGCGCUGAGGAGUUUUUGCAGGAGCUGCAGAUCCUGGCCAGUUCCGCCGCGCCGGCAAGGGCAGCCUGCGCCUGGGGAAAGCCCCCCUGCCGCAACCAAACCUAA